CCUUCUCUCCCGAAACCCCCAGCUGUUAGUGCUGUGUGAGUGCGUGUGUGCUCCGGAGCUCGCCUCGGCACACAUUAUAUAAAAAAUAAAAAAUAUAAAAAAAACAAUAAAACUUUUAAAAACCCCAAAAAAUCUUAUUUUUCUUUAUACAAGUAAGAAUCGGUGAAGCAGGAGAAGGAGGCCUAAAACAACGCCGCAAACCCGAAGAAAUAACGACAGUUUUAAAGGACGUCAGUGAGCAUCUGAAGGCCUAGCGGUUUGCUAUAUUCGUCGGUUUCGGAAUUUCUAGCGUUUUUAAAUUAUUGCCCUCAAUAUUAGUCAUUUUAAACGCUUUGAAAAGAUUUUGUUUUGGACUACUUUUAAAUGUGGAACAUUGGCUUACUGAAAUUAGCCUGACAGCUAACAUUGUGGUAACGUAACGUUAGUCGAGCUCACGAGCUAGUGCACCGAAACAAGUCACGUCCUCCGAGUCUGUAAAUUGACAUCGAAAACAAAAUGAACCCCAGUGCUCCCAGUUACCCCAUGGCCUCUCUGUACGUGGGGGAUCUGCAUCAGGACGUGACCGAAGCCAUGCUGUACGAGAAGUUCAGUCCGGCCGGUGCCAUCCUCUCCAUACGUGUGUGCAGGGACAUGAUCACCCGCAGAUCGCUCGGUUACGCCUAUGUCAAUUUCCAGCAACCGGCAGAUGCUGAACGGGCUCUAGACACUAUGAACUUUGAUGUCAUCAAGGGCAGACCUGUCCGCAUCAUGUGGUCCCAACGUGAUCCCUCUCUGAGAAAGAGCGGUGUUGGCAACAUCUUUAUCAAGAACCUUGAUAAAUCCAUCGAUAAUAAGGCCCUUUAUGACACCUUCUCUGCAUUCGGCAACAUCUUGUCAUGCAAGGUUGUUUGUGAUGAGAAUGGCUCAAAGGGGUAUGGCUUUGUGCACUUUGAGACACAGGAGGCUGCCGAAAGGGCUAUCGAGAAAAUGAAUGGCAUGUUGCUGAAUGACAGAAAAGUGUUUGUAGGGCGUUUCAAAUCUCGCAAAGAGAGGGAGGCUGAGCUUGGCGCAAGAGCCAAAGAAUUCACCAAUGUGUAUAUUAAAAACUUUGGGGAAGAUAUGGAUGAUGAUAAACUCAAGGAUAUCUUCAGCAAAUAUGGUACUGCUAUGAGUAUCCGCGUCAUGACAGAUGAAAACGGAAAAUCUAGAGGUUUUGGCUUUGUCAGUUUUGAGAGGCAUGAAGACGCCCAAAGGGCUGUGGAUGAGAUGAAUGGUAAAGAGCUGAACGGGAAGCUCAUAUAUGUGGGUCGCGCUCAGAAAAAGGUAGAGCGCCAAACUGAGCUCAAACGCAAAUUUGAACAGAUGAAGCAGGACCGCAUGACUCGUUAUCAGGGUGUCAAUCUCUAUGUAAAGAACCUGGAUGAUGGCAUAGAUGAUGAGCGUCUUCGUAAAGAAUUCUCUCCCUUUGGUACAAUCACUAGUGCCAAGGUCAUGAUGGAUGGCGGUCGCAGUAAAGGCUUUGGCUUCGUCUGUUUCUCUUCACCUGAGGAAGCCACUAAAGCAGUGACUGAGAUGAACGGACGUAUUGUGGCCACCAAGCCGUUGUAUGUGGCUCUGGCUCAGCGUAAAGAGGAACGACAGGCCCAUCUUACCAACCAGUACAUGCAGAGGAUGGCCAGUGUCCGAGCAGUGCCAAACCCUGUCAUCAACCCCUACCAGCCCGCACCUCCAUCGGGAUACUUCAUGGCUGCUAUUCCACAGGCCCAGAACAGAGCUGCGUAUUACCCUACCAGCCAGCUUGCCCAGCUCAGACCCAGCCCACGCUGGGCCACACAGGGCGUUCGUCCUCAGCACUUCCAGAAUAUGCCGGGCACUAUGCGACCCUCUGCCCCUAGACCUCAGACCUUCAGUACCAUGCGUCCUGCCUCCCAGGUGCCCCGCAUGAUGUCUGCUCAGCGCGUUGCUGCACAGACUAUAGGUCCACGACCCACGUCUGCAGCGGCAGCCGCAGCUGCGCCCCCCGUGCGCGGUGUGCCUCAAUACAAAUACGCACCCACCGUCCGCAACCCUCAGCAGCACAUGAACACACAGUCUCAGGUUACUAUGCAGCAGCCUGCUGUGCAUGUGCAAGGACAGGAGCCACUGACCGCCUCCAUGCUCGCCGCCGCUCCUCCACAGGAGCAGAAGCAGAUGCUGGGUGAGCGCCUCUUCCCACUAAUCCAGAAUAUGCAUCCCAGCCUGGCUGGAAAGAUCACUGGGAUGCUUCUGGAAAUAGACAAUUCUGAGCUUCUCCACAUGCUGGAGUCUCCGGAGUCUUUGCGCUCCAAGGUUGAUGAGGCAGUGGCUGUGCUUCAGGCUCACCAGGCUAAAGAAGCCGUCCAGAAGACCGUUACAAACUCUGCUGGUGUGCCAAGCGUUUAAGCCAAGGGGUGUGAACCCUUGAAACUUCACCAGGAGGAAAAAUAAACAGAGAAAAAGUCUAAAAUGCAGAAAACAUCGCAAAACAUCUAAAACUAUGUGUAAAAAAAGAAACUAGAAAGAGCCAGGUCUGGAGGAGAGAUUUCUAGGCCUAGUAAGGUAUUUAAAAAAGGAAUAAAAAAAGAAAAACUGAAAAAUAAACAAGUUUGGGGUUUAAAAAAAUGACACAGUAUACAGUAAAAAACAGCCCUAAAGCAUUCCUGCCUUGUUUUAUUGCUUUUAAAUUCUGGCUAAGUCAUGUUCUUGGAAGCGAGGUAAGAACUGACUGACCAGCAAUGUGACAUUUAUCUUUUAUUGAACAUUUGCUUGCUGAAAUAAAAGCUUAUUAAAAUGUG